UCGGCCGUUGAUGUCUGCGGUCAAUCCUCAUCUUCCAAGCCGCUCCGAUGCUCGCCGCCCGCUUCGCCUCGCUGCGCUCGCCGCUCGCGCGCGCCUUCUCGUCUAGCUCGGUGCAGGAGCUCUUCCAGGCCAAGAUUGCGCUUGGGAAGACGCUGCCACCCCUCGACGACAACGCGACCAAGCUCAAGAUGUACGCACUCUUCAAGCAGGCGACCGAGGGCAGCUGCACGUCGCCCAAGCCGGGCAUGCUCGACUUUGUCGGCAAGGCCAAGUGGGAAGCGUGGACGAGCCUUAGCAGCCUCUCGCAGGCCGACGCCAUGCAGCAGUACUGCGACUUUAUCGAUGGCUUGGCGGCUGACGCCGGCGUCGGCGGCGCGGCGGCCUCGACGCCCGAAGCCGAUCUGCUCUCGACGCUCAGCGCCGACGGCGUCCUCACGCUCGAGCUCAACCGCCCGAAAAAGUUCAACGCGAUCAACAUGGCCAUGUACGAAGAGAUCAUUGCCGCGCUCACCAAGGACGACCCGGCUGUCCGUGUCAUUGUGCUCCAGUCCAAGGGCCCCAUGUUCUCCAGCGGCAACGACCUCGCCAUGUUCAACCUCAACUACCCUGGCGGCGUCGAGAAGCUCGCGGCCGACGCGGCCAAGAUCCUCGAGCGCUUUGUGGAUGCGUUCUUGACGUGCAACAAGCCGAUCGUUGCCGCGGUGCACGCGCCAGCCAUCGGCAUUGCGGUCACGAUGCUCGGCCUCUGCGACUUUGUGUUUGCCCACGAACGCGCGACGUUCCAGACGCCGUUCACAGCCCUGGGCCAAGCCCCCGAAGCGUGCUCGUCGGUGGUCUUCCCCGCGCUCAUGGGCCGCACGCACGCCAACGCGAUGCUUCUUCUCGGCCAAAAGCUCUCGGCGUCGACGGCGGCGCAGCGGGGGUUGGUCACGGACGUCUAUGGCGCCGAUUUUGACACGCAGGUCGCGGGCCAUGUGCAGACGCUGGCCAAGGCAUACCCCAACUCGAUGAAGCAGUCCAAGGCGCUCAUCCGUGGCAUCGACCUCGCGACGCUCCAAGCGGUCAACAAAACCGAAUGCAAAGUGCUCCAGAAGCUCUGGCUUUCGCCCGAGUGCUUGGACGCCGUGAGCAAGUUUUCGAGCCGCAAGUAG